GGAGGAGGGCUGCGGGGCAGGAUGCCGGGGCCUCGGUGUUAGCUUGGGGGUGGGACAGCUGGUGCUUGGGUCCUGUUCCCCGGUGGGCUGGGGGAAGGAGCGGAGAGGGUCCCGGGCUGGGAGCUGGGGUGCCCGGUGGUCAUCUCUGGCGGGGAGGGUCUGGGGUACGUGGGUCUCACCCCACGUAGGGAAGGAAGUGGGUCCUCCUGCCCCACCCGGGAGAGGAGGUGGAACUGGGGCACUGGUUUGGGGUAGGGGUGAGGGUCUGGGCUCUUGGGUCACUUGCAGGGGGGGAGGCAAAAUGUCUGGGCUCAUUUCCAGCAUCUUUGCUGAAUCAUUGUGAUCCUGGGGAGAGUUCUUCCACCGUGAGCUCUCUGGCUCCUCUGUGAUGGAAACCGGCACUUCCCGGCUCCUGCUGCAGGCCUGGGCCCCCCUCCGGCCUGGGCUCGCAGGAAGGAUUUCUGCCCCUGUCUUGCUGCUGCUCCUUGGUCCAUGCACGUGCCAAGCCCUGUUGGUGUGCGCAGGGAGGCUUGGUGUUUCUGACACCUGCUUUCCUCCAAAACUGUUCGGACACGUUUCCACGUACAGACAACUACCAGUUAGUUUCACAGAAGCAACGUACCUGGGUAAAACCCAACUGUUGUCAUGGGUGCUGAAAGCCUGGGUGCCUGGGGUUCCUUCAGCAGCACAGGGCCAGCAGGACCAGGCUGGAUACGUGUAUUGUCUUCUGGCUUUCCUGAGAGGAGGGCCAAAGUCGUAGCAUGAUGUGGGCAUUUCAAACAAGUAGCAGUGAAAAUAAAAGUUUGGAACCUCGGCUUAAACCGGGAUGUCAUAGAGCUCCUCAGGGGAGGGAAGGAAACUUCAGGAGCUUGGAAUUUAUAGUGAAGCAAUUAGACAUAAAGGAGUGAAAAUGCUGAGUGGCUAGUGUGAGUGUUUUUCCCUCCUGCCUGAGGCGAAGACGAAGUAUUAGUAAAAAGCAACCAAAGAAAAGCAAGACCUAAGUUAAUUUUUAAUAGACCGCAUUAGUCAUUAGAAACUUGACAUAUGUAGAAAGUGAUGGAUACUCUCUUUAGUGAAGUUGAUCUGUUGAAUUACCAGAAAAUUUGGUAAUUGGUUGUUUUAAGAGCUUACCUCCUCCUCACUCCCUUGGUUAGGGUAGUCUGGUGCUGGAUCCUCAUGGAUUUGCUCUGCAGACUAUCAUCUUGCUGUACAGUUUGGUGAAGUACAGUCAUCACUGGUGCUAGCUUAGUUUUUGUCAGUUCAGGUGAGUCACCGAUAAUGAUUUACAAUAAAAACUUGCCUUUCAAAUGUUAUGACUGGCUGGGGAGUAGAGAGGUUGUGCAUGUACAGUGUAGCGGUGCUGAGGGCAGAAGUUUCUUUUUCUCAUCUUUGGAGAUCUGAAAGUGAGAGGCAGGGAGCUCACUAAGUGGGUGAGUAGCUUGAAAUACCAAGUAUAUUUAUCUGUAUAAGUAGAGUUCUAGCUUUGCUCUUUCUAAUUUCUAAGUUGCCAUUUGUAGAAUUCCUGUAUUGACCUAGAAAUCGAAGGUAACUAUUGAGGUUAAACAGUUUGUGUGGAGUUUAACAGCUUGUGUUGUAAUGUUGAUACCAAACUGUCCAUUAAAGGCUAGUGCCAUGAGUAAAUCAUUUAAUUCUUUUAUUGGAAAAACUAGGUGAAAAACAUCAAAUCAGGUGGUGUGUGCCUCUUUUAACCGUUAGGUGUAUUUCUGCUCCUCCUUCAAGUAACUGCAUGACACUGGGGCAGUGGUUUUCUUCAGGUGCAGAGUGUAGCCUGUGGCUGUGACCAAAUGCUGCACGUGUGGUCCCAGCAGUGCGGACACUUGGCAGCGCUGCUGGCAUCCCCUGGCCCAUCCUGAGCCCACGUGUGUGUGUGUGUUCACAGACGCAGAUGUUCAGCUGACUGUCAUUCGUUUUCUCUUAAUUUCAGCUUGCAAAAUGGUUGCGCGUUAGCUGCUCUGUUCUGGCAGAAGUCCUGCUGAAGUUGAUGGGACUACCUGUUGCAGUAGUGUUUCUGGUAAAUAGCCUUGUAAUCCGCUGAGUUGUAAUAUAUGAAGUAAGAGUGAGCGUUUUAUAAAUGCAGAUAUCCCAUUUAGUGUAUUAAAUAUAAAAUGAUGACUUGAGUGCUUUUCUUCAAAGGUACUCGCUUCUCAUUGUGCCUUUCUAGUUUUGGAUGUGCUUGGUGUUGGGCUGCGGUGGCAGCAGCCGUGAUGACCGCAUUAAUGCUGUGUAUCUUCUCCCCAUUCGCAGAAGCAGCUUAAUGAAAGCAGGACUGUGGUCUGACACAAUCAGUGGACUUCUGCUGUCACCACAGAAUGAUAUCCUGUUUGGCUUAAAUGGUGUCAGCAGUUUGUCUGGCUGAAUUUCAUCUUAAAUGAGUAUUUCUUAUGGUUAUUAAAGGCAGGCUGUCUUGGGAUGCGGCUGCAUGUCAUCUGUUAUCUGCUGUCUGGAUGCAAGGAGCCACGUUAGCGAUGCUGUCCCUGGGUGCGGUGGUAAUUGUGUGACACAGGGACGAGAGCUGGCUUGAGGCUGCCCAUCCCGAGGUAUGGAUGGCAUGAGUGUCUGCCUACCCCCACCAAUGCAUCACUGUAUUUCAUUGAGGAAGAAUUUAAAGCAUCGUUGAAAGGGUGUAUGUCAUGAAAGGUGUGUGUCCCCACCCUUGUUGUGAUGUGGUUUUGCUAGUCCUUAUCGCAGGUUGUACCUGAACAGAGCUAUUUUUGCCUGUGAAGUUGUCUAGAAAUUCAGAGCUCUCAGGCUGAUGAGGGAAGCAGCGGGUAGUUGUGGUCACGCUCAGGCAUUUUAGGAUGGCCUCCUGGAAUCAUCCCGUCGCGUUGUGCAUCUUGCUGCAGCACUGGCUUUGCCAGGGAGGUUUGUGCAUGCCUAGUGAUUCUGGGUCCUUACACAAAGGUCAGUGAGACUUCUCGAUGCCACUUAUAUGUUGAGGGCUGGGUUUGUUUCAGCUAAUUGCUCUUGUAAAUUAUUCACUCUGGUGUUACAUAGUAGUGCAGUGAUCAAAGAUUAGUCCAUGCCCCCGUACAGACAGGCGGUGUCAUCUGUUUCUUUUCCUGAUAAAGGAAGUCUUGAUUCGUCUGUAGUGUGGACUUAGGUACUGGCCAGAAUUACAUAGUAUCUGUCCAUCAGUUUAAAUAACUCUGAUGGACAGCUGUCUGUCUUUGAAAUAUUCUGAAUGUAUAAUUCCAGUUAGUUUGAUUAAGACUGCAGAUCUCUUCUACCCUGAUUACCAGUGAAGUUUCUGUCUGGCUGCACCAUUUCAUUUUUAAGUGAAUGUUUUCCUUGAAUAUCAGAACCCUGCACCAGUCUCUCUCUAUGGUGUUAAUGCAUCUGCAUGUAAUAUUGCUGUUGUACUUGACCAGAGUAACACCUAUAAGGGCUGGAAUUUCAAAGGUCUGGGCUGUCAAUAAAAGUUAGUGAGCUGUAUUUGAAUGACAAUUCCAAAUAAAGAAAACUUGAAUGAAUUCACUUCUUGAUUUGUGAGCAGUUAAAAUAAUAAUUACAGAAGUUGGCAAAAGAGCUGGCAUUCCAGGUUUAUCUGCUGUCGGAGGGGUGUGCUUUAAUGUACUUUCUUGAGGCAUACUCUGUCUCUAAUUUGUAAAAAUAGGAUCCUGGUAUGACUAGUUCUGUAUUUUAGUAUUCUUUAAUCUUCUCUUGUCUGACCUUAUGAUUUUUGUAUACUGAUUUUAUUUCUUCUACUCUGUAGUACAUCUGAGAUGCAGCUGAGGCUGUGCUUGUGCUGCUGGCCCCUGAAGGCCUGACACUGGAUGCUGUUGUGCCCAGGCUGUGGCUUUGGGCAGGGUAGCAGAGCCCAGAGAGGUGGGAUGUGCUGCCUUGUUCUGUGGUGAAUGAGACCGACCUCCUUUGCUAGGAACGAGAGGGGCGAGUAAUCCUUUUGGUUGGGAAUUAACUGUGAACGUUUGUCUGUUUUAGAAUGUAGGGCUCUGGCUCAGCUAAAUCUUCAUGCUGCUUCUAGCUGGGUGAGUGCGUGUUGAAAUUUGGUAGUAAAAAGGAUGGGAGCAGAAAUCUUGGUAACUGUGUGGUCUUUGAGAUGUAAAAAUAAACAAAGCUGAGAAGCUGUACCCUACUUAAAACAGACUGACCUAAAUUUUCAGCAGUUCUAGCAGAGCGGCAGGCUUUGGGUAGGGAUAAAGGCUUUCUGACGACUGGCUUCCCUGUCCAGGCAUCGCUUGACAUGGUCAAUGGGCCACUUUUGGAAAAUCUCCAAUGGUGUCUGGGGUCAUUACUUCCCCCUCUUCGGGUUGCACAACCCGGGCUGUGGGUUUCCCUUGCUGUACUCAUGUGGAAAGAGUCCCCUUAUUAUGCAAGUCAGCAGCUCAGCAUCUUCUGGGAAGUUAUGGCAUGAACCACUUCUCCAAUUGCUUUUGUUAGAGCAUUGUUCAAAACAUGUUUGAUGUCCUCUGGCUUGUCCCUAAAGAGAUUUGAGAGUGUGUGUCUGUGAAGUCCAUUCGUGCUCUUUGUCUGUAGAUUAAUGUUCUUGCUAUCAGUUCCAGUUCUCUACUACUGAAUUAUUAAUUCCGCAGUGAGAUUUUUUUUUUUCCUUCUUACUCUUCAUUGACUUUCAUGCUUCAUUUAUUCAUCUGUGCAGUUUGAAACUGGAGCAUGGGAAUUUUGACUAAUAUUAAUGGAUCACGUGCAUAACUUCAAUGGUGGCUAAAUAAACUUUUUUUAAUUCGGAAAAGCACAUCUCAAAGUACUCACAGUUUCCCAGGUGAAAGGUAGCCCAUUUGUGAAUGUACGUUAUCCUCAGAGGCACAUUGCUUGUUUUUUAACACAACUGGGAUGGUCAGACAGCUAGCGGAGUGAUUACCCGUGUGCUCUGGAGGCAGUCCUGUGGGUAGCGUGAAGGGAGGAGGGAAAAGCUCGUUUGUAGAUUCUCCUGCUAAUGUGGUUUUGUAACUGAAUGCUCUCCUGGCAGAGAGCCUGCCUUUGAUUAGAAAGCAUUCCUUUCAGUUGUUCUUGUAGGUACUGAUGGCCUGCCAUGUUUUGUUCUUUGUGUUUUUGUGUGUGCUUUCUCCUGCAGGGAGAUAAUAAGAGGUAAAUUGCGUAUCCUUUCAGCAGCCUUCUGUUAAACUUGGAAUACCACGGUUCAAGCGAUUGAACAGAUGGAUAAUGGAGACUGGGGAUAUAUGAUGACUGAUCCAGUCACGCUAAAUGUGGGUGGACACAUGUACACGACAUCCCUCACAACUCUAACGAGAUAUCCUGACUCGAUGCUUGGGGCCAUGUUCAGGGGAGACUUCCCCACUGCCAGGGACUCUCAGGGCAAUUAUUUUAUUGACAGAGAUGGACCACUUUUCCGUUAUGUUCUUAACUUUUUAAGGACCUCAGAGCUCACUUUGCCACUGGACUUCAAGGAGUUCGACCUACUGCGGAAGGAAGCGGACUUCUAUCAGAUUGAACCGUUAAUUCAGUGUCUUAAUGACCCCAAGCCGCUGUAUCCCGUGGAUACCUUUGAGGAGGUGGUGGAGCUGUCCAGCACCCGGAAGCUUUCCAAGUACUCCAACCCGGUGGCCGUAAUCAUCACGCAGCUCACUAUCACGACGAAAGUCCAUUCCUUACUGGAAGGCAUUUCAAACCACUUCACAAAGUGGAAUAAGCAUAUGAUGGACACCAGGGACUGCCAGGUUUCCUUCACUUUUGGGCCAUGCGAUUACCACCAGGAAGUGUCGCUCAGAGUCCAUCUGAUGGAGUACAUCACAAAGCAAGGCUUCACGAUCAGGAAUACCAGAGUUCAUCAUAUGAGCGAGCGUGCCAAUGAAAACACAGUGGAGCAUAACUGGACUUUCUGUAGACUGGCGCGAAAAACAGAUGACUGA